AUACCAAGAGGAACCACCAUCAUGUUACGUUUCAACCCCUUGAAGUUUCUGUCGAAGUGGUCCAUUCCACCAAGCAGAAUAAUAACUAGAAGAUUCCAAUUGAAACAACAAUUUUUCAAGAGAUUUCAAUCUAUCAAGACCAAUGGAGCCCAAACUACACCACCUCCAACUGGCUCGAACAAGAAGCCAACUGGGUUGAAAGCACUUAUGAAAGAAUAUGGUUACUCAGCCUUUGGUGUAUACAUGGCGUUGUCUGCCAUUGAUUUACCGCUCUGUUACAUUUUGGUGCAUUCAAUGGGUCAAGAUGAAAUCGAAUACUAUGAAAAUAAGGUGAAGCAACAAUUCGGCUACGGAAUGACUGAAGAAGAGUUGAAGAAGAAACAAGAAAUAAAGAGGAUUGAAGCACAAGUGGAAGAGGAGAAUUCGCCAACACCCAGUUCCAAAUCCCAAGGCGGCUUUGUUCAAACCGUUCUUUCACAAUUCAGUUGGACUGAGUUUGCCAUUGCGUAUGGUAUUCACAAAUCCUUGAUUUUUAUAAGAGUGCCUAUCUGUGCUGCAAUUACCCCAGGUGUUGUGAAGUUAUUGAGAAGAUGGGGUUUCAAAAUCGGAACUGACAAACUUUCAACCAGUGCCACCCUUGCGAAGGACACUUUAAAGGACUUGACAGCUUCUAGUACAAAAUUUGGUACCAAGCCUAAUGCCAAAAAGAAGUGGUUUAGCUGGUUCUUCUAAAUCGGCCCUUAGUUGUGGUAAACUCAUAUGAUCUAUUAAUCCCUGGCGAUUUUUCUUGUAAGUAGUGUUUAAAUAACAAUAAAUAUAUAUCUAGUAUCAAUUAUAUACAUGUAUGAAUACACUAGAAG